ACUUGACGGUUGAUUGAUUGAACAGUCACUACAUUCUGUUUAUUUGUUUAAAUUUGGCGGGUUCUGCCUACAAUUAGUGCGACUUUCUGAUUGGCCUGGCCUGUAAUGUGUACCAUUUAACAUAUGCUUUAUAAUAUAGUUAUAUGGUUAAUGAAGAUAAUCUUAGGUUAAUGCUAAGGUCAUAUUUAUGCAAGUUUUAGUUUAAAUAAAUUUAGUUUAAUUGGAACUAGAGGAACUAUGGAUUUUAUGUCAAGAUUUCACAACUUGGAAGGAAAUUUGAUAGGUGAAAGGAAAAAGAGCCUUUUUCAGUUAAUAAACAAUCCAUCUUUAUUUCAAAGUGAACAAGAUCAAAUUGAAGCCUUGGAAAAAUUGGAGCCUAAAACUUACCAAGAAAGCCUUUUUUACAUUGAUACUUUAAUAUAUUUCAAAAGAAUUGAGAUACUUCUUGAAGUUCUGAAGGGAGGAAAUCAGCUUUUUGCUACUAAGAUUUUGAAGCAACCUUGGUUUUUUGAGUUAGCCUUUAAAGAUAUUGAAGUAAAUGUAAUAGUUGAUGGAUAUAUGCCAUUUUUUUCAUAUGUUGUUAGAACAAAAUUAAUUACAAAAUUAUCACAAUGCUGGAAUGAGGAAAAAACAGAUGAAUUAUUUGAUUCUUCUUUAGAGAACAAAUAUGGACUUGCAACUGCAUUACCAGUAUUGCCAAAAUGUACUCUAGAUAAAAUAAAAUCAGUUUUAGAAGAAAAUGAUAUAAAAUUUCGACCAAAUCAGGUGAUUGCGCUCUUCACCAAAAAUGAGAACAUUCUAAAAUUCUACUUGAUUCAGUUUAAAACCACUACAGGAUCAGUUUAUAGUGAACAAAAAGUAGUUAGGCAUAUCGGUUUAAAUAACCCAAAGCUGUUAUUGGAACUAGAAAAAGAUGAAAUUCUCCAUGUACAUUCAGUAGGGAAAAGAACUACUAAAAGUAUAAUGAAAAUAUCAAAAGAUAAUAUUUCCAGAAAUUGCGAGCGAUAUCUUAGGUUUUUAAAUAAAUCUGUGAUGGUUCACAAAUUGGGUACAGAUUUUAAAACAUUUUUCAAAAAAAUAUUUCCUCGAUCGUUUCUAGAGCUACCGAACUUUUGCAAUAGCCAUGAAUUUAUUAAAUAUUAUCCUAAAAAUAGAAGAUGGCAACUGUUUUAUGAAACAUGUAAUGAAAACUUUGUGAAUAAAUCUGAAAUGGAUAUACUAGGGGUACUUGGUCCUCAUAUAAUAGAAUUUAAACCGCCCCAAGAGACACUUCAUAAAUGGGCAGCUUUUCAUUAUGAAAAGCGGGAAACUAAUUAUGAAGAUUAUUUAAAAUAUUAUCCAGCUUCUGAAGCAUUUGAAAUUAUCAAGAAGAAAAUUAACCAUACCUCAGAUGCGAAUCGUAAAUCUUCGUUAUUAGUUUUGUUGAUUGAAAUUUGUGCCAGAAAUAAAGAUGCAAUCAGUUUAGAAAUUAUUUUGGAAUAUAUUUUUACAAGGCUUAAUAAAGAAACUUUCUAUACAAAGGACUUAUUAUCUUCAAUAUGUAAUUCAUAUAAAUUGGGUAAUUUGAAUGAAAUCCAUUGGAAAUAUGUUUAUAAUAUACUAACUAUUUUAAAAAUACAAAAAAAUCCUCAUUACCAUUUCUACACUGACAUAAGAAAACAUUAUUUGAAAUUUAUGGUGGAAAAUGACAUUGAAGCUGAACAAAUUUUUAUUGAUUAUUUUAAAGAGUUGAUUGAAGAUGAUUACUUCAAUGAAUUAAGAUUAAAAAAUCUUCCAACUGAAAAAAAAAUAUAUUAUCGAUUUUGUAAAAUGGUUUCAAAAGUUUUUGCCGAGAAUCAUCAAAAUGCCCCUUUUCAUCGUUUAAUAUGUAUAUUGGUUAAGUUUUGUGUAAGUUAUCCUAGCCAUUAUAUCAAUUUGAAUCAAUUCCCUGAAAUAACAUUUGCUGUAAAAUCUGUUUUCAACAAGGAAACUUUUGAAAGGAGUGAAUUGGACCUUAUACCGAAAGUUAUUAUAUAUAAUGACUUUUAUCCGCAGUAUGCUUUCUCUAUUUCUAAUGCAACUUUGUUAAAUAUAUUCGCAUUAGGAAUAAAACAACAAGGUUAUGUUCGGGCGUUUGAAGAAGUUUUUAUCAAAGUAGUUCAAAAAAAGAGGAGGACUAUUUUUGGAAAUGAUUUACUUAAUUUCUAUUUAAACAGCCUCUGUAAAGAUUAUUAUCAUCCGUCAUUAAUUGAAUGGCUCCUUAAAAAUGAACCAAGUACGCUAGUACCUUACUACGAUGUUAUACUAGAGAACAAUCUCAAACAAGAUUAUGGAACUUUUUUGGACAAUAAAUUUAUUAAGCAGUAUUCACAUUUAGGUUUUGAUAAAAAAAUGAAAGAAUAUUAUAUGAUCCGGUUAGAUGAAACUGACAAAAACGAUACAAGUACAUUAAAUAAAUGUAUAGCUAGAAUCUACCAUAUACUAACUCCAGAGGAGAUAAUAAAUAUUGUGGAGAAUAGAUUUCUACCAAAAAAUGAAAAAAUUAACCUGGAAGAUGAAGAAAUGCGUAAUAUGUUCACCAUUCAGUUGAAUAUUGCAAAAAUUUUAGGAAAAGUGGAUGAACCAUACAAAAUGUUGCGAACAAUAAUGAAAUUUGCCAAAGGUGAUUACUUGCGAUCAACUCUACCAGCUUUAUACAGUACUUUUCACAAAUCACCAGAAAGAUUACUGUAUUCAUAUGUAGAGCAAUUAUCAAAACAAGCUGUGUCUGCUAGAAAACAUGCUAUUUUUCUUAGUUGUGCAGUUCUUGAUAAAAAAUACACCACUAAUCUAUUAACCACUACAAUCUAUUCUAAUGUGUCCAGCCAGAAACAUGUUUUUAGUGCUACUUUAAAAUAUUUCUCGAAAAAUCCUUCACAAGAUAUUUUCCAUCUAGUUCUAGAUAGAUUAAGUAACAUUGAUAAAAAUGACGUCGAGACUUUAGAGAGUUUAGUAAAGAAAAAUGUACCAUCGAAAUACCGGACCCGGUACGUUGAAAAAUGUUUAUAUUUUUAUGAAGAUUUGGAAGUCAGUCACAUUGAAAUAGAUGGUUAUCUUGAAACAUUGUUUGAAUACAUGUCUGGCUAUAUCGUCACAUCUUUUUCGGAUGAGUUUGUUAUUUAUGUCAUAAAAAAAUAUUUUGGCAAGGUAAAUAACUUUGGAACGUUUAUAAUUCAAGUUUUAAAAAAUCGAUUGUCAAAUCGUAUUCGUAACUUUAAUAUCGUAUUUGAGUUUCUAUCAAACUCCUCACCCAUUAUGGUCAAUAAGUUUUUUCAAACUUUUGUUGAUGCCGUUUCUAAAAAUCAAGUUACUGAUACAAGUUUUGUGUCUCUAUUUUCUGAGUACUGGUGCACACAUUUUACAAUUACCAAACAAUUGAGGUCGCACAUCACCUUAAAACUGUUAUUAUUACGUUUAGAAAAUCGUUCAAUUGAAAAUUAUGCAUAUGCAGUUUUCGACUACUUAAGUGAACUAAUCUCAGGGUUGACCAUUCUUGUUUUUCCUGUGUUCAAAGAGCAACUAUCUGUUGCUUUGAGUGAUUUAGACGAAGUGGAUAAGUUACGCUUCUUGUUGGCUAUUUUAAAUUGCAGAACGGACGUUACCGCUUACGUUUUAAUAAUGCAACUAGUUAGAUAUAUACAUGAGGAUGAUCGGAAAGAGUUGAGAAAUAUUUAUGUUCACAUUAUGGACCGAAUUAAACAAGUAGAAAUCCCAAUAGUUGUUGCAUAUUGUAAAAUGCAUUUAGGAUGUACCUGCACAGAAUAAUAGCAUGAGUGUUGUUCUGCAUCUAAAAAGUAAAAUUUCAAUUUAAUAUUUCAACCAUAUAACUUUAUUACUAAUUUGUAGUAUUAAUUAAUAUCAUUUAGGCAAAAGAAGGGAAGAAGUUUAUACGGAUUUAUUUCAAAGUUAUUUGCGAUUGCAUAAGAUUAAAGUGAAUUUUAUCUGUUAAUUCACACUGAAAUCGUAAGGAAUAAAACUUUGUAUACAAAAUAAAAUAAUACUGUCUAAGUAUUCGGUUCAAGUUAUAAACUUUAAUUUUGACAAAUUAGUCUCGCGCAUUGAAAAACAUGAAUAUAGCUUAGUUAAAAACAUAAUUUGAGUAGGUAUUGCAUAAUUCACCAUUUGAAUGGAAUGGCUGCAACCUUUUUUAGUGUUCUUUCAACCUAUCUUUCUGUUUCCUCACUAAAAUUUGCAAUUUUUCGAUUAGUUUUGUAGGACUUACAUGUCACUAUACAUUUUCAAUUCUGUUGAUUUAACCUGCAUUUAUUUACACUUUGUGUUCAAAAUCAUAAUUGUUUACAUAUGCAUAGUCUUUACAAACAAGAAUUUCUUAUUUUAUCUGUAUGCUUCGAUUUCUAGUUUUUCAGUCAUAUCUGUUAAUAUUCUACAUUUUUUUUUUCGUCGCCUUGAGGAAUUUUUUCUUGUGCUAGAAAUUAAUUCAGACGAAAAAAGCUUGCUUGUUGAGAAAACGAUGGAAUUAUUACUCUGGUUGAUUACAACAAAUAUAAGCUUAUAUUUAAACAUGAUUCUAAAUAUUGGUUUAAAAAAUAAAUAGGUAUCUAAAAAAUCUUUUUCUCUUUCUUAAUACAAGUAAGAUUUUAGAUGGAAAAACCAUUCCACAAUAGUGACCUAAGUCUAACCAUCUAUUCAUAAAUUUUAAACCAAUCUGACUUCACUGAAUAUUAAAAUAUUUUGGAAACACAAUUCUCAACUUCAAUAAAUUAUUGUAGAAUUCCUAAUUUUUCAUUUAGUGAAGUUAUACAUAUUUUUUCAAUUUCUGUUUCUACUUAUCCGUAUUUUUAGCGGGCAAGUACUAAAAAAUAGUUUAGAGAGUUUGUCGAUUAUUAAAGAUUAUAAACUUCAAUAUAUCUGAUAGUAGGUAUCAAAGGUUUGUGGCAGAAACUUGUGUGUAAGAUAACUGUGAUACCGAUUGCCAUAAUUUUUAAAUUAUUAUUUGUUAAAACACAGUAAACGAUUAUUAUAGUCUAAGAUCCAGUGCUCCGUGGGCUCAGUAUAGUAGCAAACUCCAUUUUAAAGCCAGGUAUACUGGUAUACUUUCUCUAGAUGAAAUGAAGGGUCACUAUUCCCAUCGAGGGUUCCUUUGGGCGUGCCUAGAAGUCGAAAGGCAUUACACUGGAUUUUCAAAACGUGAUUGCAGCAUGUCUACCAUUUUGAUAUCUUAAAUUCUGGUUUCUACUAUAUUUUUUUAUAAUGUCAAAACCACAUAAAUUUUCUAGAAUCUUGAGUUAUUUUAGCAAAGCUGUAAAUUGUGUACGCUAUUUAUUAAAUUUGUAUAGACAUAUAUUCACAUCGACACAUAGGUCGGUUCUGACAUGCGGACAGACCACAUAAUAGUUUCUUAGCCGUGCUAAUGAAGGUGCAUGAUUUUGAUUCCCUCACUCUUCUUUCCGCAGGAAUUAGUGUUUCAGCACAACUGCCAUUUAUAUAUGUUGUUUGCAUUAUUAUUAUAUACAUAUAUUAACGGAAGCAGAUACAUUGAUCGGUUCUAAAAUGUAGCUAGACCACAUAAUAGUUUUUAACCGUGCUAAUAAAGGUGCACGAUUUUGAUUCUUUCUAUAAAAUUUUGAGAUUUGAAAUUAUAAAAUUAUACUAGGAACCGGAAUAGGUGUCUGCCAUGAAAUUUUUCGAUAAAAUUUGUAAAUUUUAAUAUAUGAAAACAGCCGACAUGCUGCAAUCACGUUUUGAAAAUCCAUUUUAAUACCUUUCGACUUCUAGGCACACCCAAAGAAACCCUCAUUUCAUCAAUGGUACAUGUACCAGUGUACUUGGAAUAAAAAUGCAGUUUGCUACUAUACUGUAAGUCUGUGGAGCACUGGCUUUUAGUCUAUUAGUAUUUUUGUAUUAUUAUAUAUACGCAAUUUAAUACAUGCACAAUUUUUCACUACAUAUUGUUAGUUUUUGCUCAGUAUAAUGUUUUUUGUAUUCAGUUUAUUGUUUAAUACUGUUGAUUAAAAAUGUGUGAAUCUAAA